AAAAAAUAACUUUGUUUAUGAACUCACUUUAUAAUCUUACCUACUAGUCAAGUAUAUAGUUGAAGUUGAUCAUCUUGUCACUGUCAAAGUCAAACUGUCAGUGUGAAGAUUAUAAAUUUCAUUAAUUAAAUUAUAAAUAAAAGCUACACAAAUUUGUAUUUAAUCCAUUAGGGUUUGAAUAAAAAUUAAACUAAAUACAAACAAAUGAAGCUCUUAAAACCCAGUUGGGUGAAUCACGAUGAUAAACCAAUCUUUUCUGUGGAUAUCCAUCCUACUGGAAAACGCUUUGCAACCGGCGGACAAGGCGGCGACUCUGGCCGUGUGGUUGUAUGGAAUCUCAAUUCGGUCCUGUAUGAGUCUGUUGAGGUAGACCCCAAUGUGCCCAGAAUGCUAUGUCAAAUGGACAAUCAUUUAGCAUGUGUAAACUGUGUAAGAUGGAGUAAUGGUGGUCGUUACUUGGCAUCCGGAGGUGAUGACCGCCUAGUUAUGGUCUGGGGGUUGAGUGUGGCUGCUGGAACAUCUGGUAAACACAAAGCUGAAACUUGGAGAUGUCUAUCCACACUACGAGGUCAUGCAGGUGAUGUCUUAGAUCUAGCAUGGUCACCAUUGGACAAAUGGUUAGCAAGCUGUAGUGUCGAUAACACCAUAAUAAUCUGGAAUGCAGAAAAGUUUCCAGAAAUGGUCUGUGUAUUGAGUGGACACACUGGCCUUGUUAAGGGUGUUGCUUGGGAUCCAGUUGGUAAAUAUAUUGCAUCUCAAUCAGACGACAAAUCAUUAAGGGUAUGGAAGACAGCAGACUGGGCACAAGAAACUGUUAUAACUGAACCAUUUGAGGAGUGUGGAGGCACAACGCACGUGCUGCGGUUGUCGUGGUCCCCCGACGGGCAGUACGUGCUGUCGGCGCACGCGAUGAAUGGCGGCGGGCCCACGGCGCAGGUCGUCGAGCGCGACGGCUGGCGCUGCGACAAAGACUUCGUGGGACAUCGCAAGGCCGUCACUUGUGCGAGAUUCAACAACAACAUAUUCGUAAAGGAAGGCAAGAAGUGCUGCUGCGCGGCGGUGGGGUCCCGGGACCGUGCUCUAUCUAUUUGGCUGACGUCGCUCAAGCGGCCUCUAGUGGUGGUACACGACCUCUUCAGUGACAGCGUUCUGGACCUCUCUUGGAGCUCUGACGGGUUAAAUCUUCUGGCUUGCAGCUCGGAUGGUACAGUGGCUUGCAUUCAGUUCACCAAUAAAGAAAUUGGCACCCCACUAACCAUGGAUGAAAAGAAUGCUUUCUACGAGAAAAUCUAUGGAAAAUGUCUGGCCAACGAGUCUGGAGGAGACCUGUCCACUAAUCUCCUGGUCGAGUGUCCUGAAAUCUUGCUAGCCAGAGAGAAGCAAGAAGCUAAGAAGGAAGCUAUCAAGGAGGACUCUAUGCCUAAGAGCGAAAAGUCUCAGACAGCGAAGUCAGCAUUGGCCCCAUUGUUAGCAUCGCCCGUAUCAGUUGCGAGCGGGUCCCCGCUGCGGCCGAUGGACCGUCAGAUCGAGACGCGAACCUCGGACGGGAAACGCCGCAUCACGCCCGUUUUCAUACCUCUCACUAAUGCCGAUGCCAACGAGUCGCUGGGCUCGCAGCCGGGCGGCAUGGAGAACUGCUUCAGUACAUCGUCGCAGAGCAAGUCGCGGAUCCGCGUGGAGGUGCGCGACGAUAUCGUCAUACACCCGAACGUCAGCAACCACGCCAUCAACACCUCGCAGGGCAGCACGCGGCUCAACGACAACGGGUUGGACCAGCGGCUGCGCAAGCGCACGGCGGCGGCGCUGCCCGGGCCGCGCGCGGACGACGUGGCGGCCAAGCGCGGCCGCAGCCCCGGGCCCGCCGCGGCCGCCGCUGUCGCCGCGGCCGCCGCGCCUGCACCGCCGCCGCUGCCCGCGCCCGCGCUCGGCGCCGCCGGGCCCGUCGUCCGCGCCGCCGGCUCGCUGCGGCUGCAGAUUGUAAAUAAGGCGUACAACACACACUACGGCACGCUCUCGCGGUUGCAGUUACUGCCCAACAACUCUGUAUCCAACGACCCUGUUUGGGAAACAUAUCUAGGGUCGCCGGUGACGUGCGUGGCGUGCGACGCGCGCUGGGCGUGCGUGAGCUGCGCCGACGGGCUGCUGCACGCGUGGCGCCUGCACCACCAGCCGCACGACCAGCGGCACGUCGCCAGGGCACUGCCGCCAAUAGCGCUGAUGUCGCAGGCGGCGAAGCUGUCGCUGAGCGGCGAGCGGCUGGCGGCCGUGACGACGGCGGGCGAGCUGAGCGUGUGGGACCUGGCGGCCGGCGCCUGCCUGCUGCGUCCACUCAGCUUCCGGAACCUGCUCGCGCACAAAGUGACGGUGACAAACUGCUCUCUUCUAGAGGAUGGUAACCCGAUGAUCUCACUCAGUAAUGGCAAGACUUACAUCUACAGUAAAAAGUUGUAUGCAUGGGUGGUGUGGGCGGACGCGGGCGACCCGGUGUGGCGUGCAGGCGGUCCGCUGGCGGCGCGGCAUCCGCGGCCGCCGCCCGCCGCCGGCGCCGCGCCCGGCACGCCACUGCACCCGGCGUUCACCGCGCCGCGCCGCGACCGAGCGCUGCCCUCGCGCACCUCCACUUACAGCGCAGAGUGCGCGCGCAGCUGGCUGGAGGCGCAGGCGGCGGCCAGCCUGCACCUGCGGCUGCCGCGCGACUACCGCCACUGGCUCACGUCGCUGUUCGCGCACCUCGUCUCGCACGGCUCUGAAGAUCAGCUGCGCAGUAUACUGGACGACAUGCUCGGGCCCAGCCACUGCACAUCCACACCCAAGAAAUGGCAGUCGACCAUAUUGGGCAUAAAGAAACACGACAUAUUAGAAGAGAUGCUCGCACUUCUAGUGAGGCAAUUACGUUGGCAACGGAUGUACUCAGAGUAUUCGGAACAGUUGAACGACAUCAAGCAGACCAACGGCGUCGUCAAUGGACACUGACGACGUCAUCUCCAAUAUUAUUGACGUCACAUCACGUACAAACGACGUCACGCCAUUAGUGAUUAUCGAUACAUCACAUACAAACGACAUUACAUCACUAGUGAUCACCGGCACGUGACGUACAAACGACGUCACAGCACUACUGAUCACCGGCACGUGACGUACAAACGACGUCACAGCACUACUAAUCAUCGGUACGUGACGUACAAACGACGUCACAGCACUACUGAUCACCGGCACGUGACGUACAAACGACGUCACAGCACUACUAAUCAUCGGUACGUGACGUACAAACGACGUCACAGCACUACUAAUCAUCGGUACGUGACGUACAAACGACGUCACAGCACUACUGAUCAUCGGCACGUCACAAUCAAACUAUUUCAUCACUAGUGAUCGCCGAAAACGUCACAAGAAAACGACAUUACAUCUCUAGUGUACGCUGACACGUCAGGCACUAUGACUACGUCAUAUCACUGGUGUUGCUGUGAUCUGCCUACGUACCACAAAAAUAUGUUCGAAAUUUCGGAGUGAAACAUUACGAGCUUAAAGUUAAAAUCACGAAAGUGAAACUUCAUACAUUUCCUAGAAGUGUCUGUGACGAACGAAAUGUUUUAUAUUUUGUCUUGUUGUCUAAAUUGUGUCUAAUUUCGAUAUGAACGUCCAUCGCUUCAUAAUCGUUAUUCAAUUUUCGUACCGAAGCUUCGGGAUUACGUUUCGUGGUAGCCUCCCUGGUAGUCGACGGUAGGCAUGGGUAAUAUUGGUACCAAUAUCUAUAUUUAGGGUUCUUUUUGAAUAUUGACGGUGGAAAAGUCAUCACCCAUUUCGAUAUCACCCUUACCGGUCGGAUAACUAUAUUAAUUGCCAUUCUAAGUUGUAUAAAAAAAAAUUCGAUCGGGUUCGUAAUUUCAACAUUAAAUAUUGGAUAACAGACAUUUAACAUAGUCGUUAUUGGACAAAUAUAUAUAUUGCUUAUAUAUUACCCAACCCUAGUCGACGGAACGUCACGUACGAACGUUGUACCGUCAUUUGGGGUCGACCGUACGUCACAUAAGUGACGUCACCGUCAAAUAUUAUUAGAGGGCCUACCAUAAAAUGUUUUCCGAAAUUUCGGAGCCAAACGAAACACUUUGGAAACAUUAAAAAUGUUAAAAUAUCGUUCCUUUGGACUUUUAUGAUAGGAUGUAUGACGAACGAAAUGUUAAACUCCAUUUAUUGGUCCGAUUUUGGUAUAAAUAAAAACACGAAAUUGAGUGCGAAAUUUCGGAAUUUCAUUUCAUGGUAGACACGCAGAUCGUGCAACGUGUUUCGUAUCAUUCUUAUAUAAGUGUGUAUAUAGUAUCUAAGGUUUGGUCUACAUUUUGUAUACUAUGGGCCAGAUUUUAAGGUGCCAUUUCUCUAAAUAAAUCCUAUUAGACUUAUAUUCUAUGUGAUAUGUGAUAAUUUAGCAAAAUUACGCUUUUAUGGGCCAUCAUGAACUAAAAAUAUAAUAAAUUUGGCUUAAAUCUAUUGAAAAAUUAGUUGAUAUUGGUUUUUACAAUAAAGAUUUCGCCGUGAUUUUUUUUAUGCAAAAUAGAAUGCAAACAAGGUGACGGCCCAUCUAAUGGAAAGUGGCAAUCGUCGCCUAUAGACAUGAGCAGUACCAUGGACAUAACAGAGUAUACUGUUUCGUCCAUGAUACCCCCCAUGCGUUGCCAUUCCUGAGGACUCUGGUGUUAUUCCUCUGUACCCUGAAAAUUCACUGCCAUAUCCCACCCCUCAAACCGAAACACAGCCAUGCAAACACAACUGCUCCACAGUUGAAACAUGAAAGGUACAGAGGUAGUCAAGCAAACGACUUUUGUACAAUGUCUCCCUCUGGUAUUUUAUUUUGAUUACUGAAUUUUAAAUUGUCAUUUUAAUUUUAAAAAUAAAAUUUAGAGAAAUGGCGUCUCGGAAUGGACCCCAAUAUAGGCAUACUCUAUUAGUUAUAGAGGUCUGAUCUCAAUUGGUCAAAACAGUAUCUUUUAUACUAUUGUGAUGUGGAUAUAAAGAACAUUUUUUCUUAAUUAUAAAUAAUGUUUGUUGUGAGAAGUUCCACAGAUAUGCUUAUUUUUUUUUUAUUAUUUUAAUAACAAUACAAGCAAUAAAUGUGAGUCAUAAAAUGAGUGGAAUUUGAAAAUAAUGUAUGUAACAGUCUGCGCAUAAAUUAUGAGGAAAUAUUGAAUAUAUUUCAAUGAAUUUUGUCGCCGUAGUAGAUUUAUAUCUCGGGAUGUUUAGGCCAAGUCUUUUUUCCGUAGCAAAAUCCUGUACAUAAAGCUGGCGACAGACCUGAAAUUAUUUCGACGUGUAACAUUUUUUUUUUUGUUCGGUUCGCUGCAUUUAUACGAAUGCGCACAGUGUAAUUAUUAGACUAGUUUUCAAGAUAUUAGAAUUAGGAAAACCAAUAAAAUAGUGCACUUCGAGGCGUGUCAAAAUAAAACAUACGCCAGAUUUGAAGUUAGACCUUCAGGUAUAUAGUUGUGGAAACCGCAUUCAAUUUGAUAUAAUUAUCUUUGCAUAAUGUAUAAACAGACAAAAUCUAAAAAUUAUUAUUUUGACAUCUAUUGGUCUUAUUAAGAUUUCAAUUUUGAUUAAUUUGUCUUUAAUUUAUAGUAUUUAUUAUUUUUUAUUUAUUUCCCAUAUACAGAUAUCGUCCAAUAACAAUUUUAUUAUAGUAAAAAGUAUAUUUUUGUCGCGUAUG